ACUGCACUUCGGGCUUUUCCUCUUUGUCUAUCCGAGUUUGCAACAGUUUGUCAGUUUCUAGAAAAUUUACAAUUUUGUUACUUAUCAUUUAUGGUUACUUAUCUACGUAGUACAAAAGUGUAUUAGUAGUAAACUUAAAUUACCAGGGAGUAUACUGUAUAUUCGUUCAUCUUGCGAGUUUGUAGGUCCUAUUUUUCGUCUUUCGGUUUUCUUGUAAUCUUGUUGCUGAUUCGUUGCUGCUGCAGCCAGAAUGUCUGCGAAUCCCAGAAGCGAAGACCCCUUGAAGGCCUUCGAGAAGCUGUUUGGACGCGAUGAUACGGUGAUUAUCGGUGCUGUCCAUGUUGACGCUCUUCCCGGAUCCCCUUUGCACUCGAAAUCCCUCGACGACAUCAUCGCGCACGCGUGCAGCGACGCAGAGAAGUAUGUGAAACACGGCUUGGAUGGGUUGAUUUUCGAGAACACCAACGAUAUCCCCUAUCUGAAACAGGAACGGCUGUCACCGGAGACGACCGCCUGCAUGACGCGGGUGUGUGCGGAGGUGCGGCGCAAGUUCCCGCAGAUGCCGAUGGGUGUGCAGAUUCUGGCGGAGGCCAAUUUGGAAGCGAUGGCCGUGGCGCAGGCGUGUGAUUUGAAUUUUAUCCGAGCGGAGGGAUUCGUCUUCAGCUCCGUGGGGGAUCAGGGCAUUGUGGAUGCCUGUGCGGGGGAACUGCUGCGCUUCCGCAAGACCAUCGGAGCGGAGAGCGUCAAGAUUUUCGCCGAUAUUAGAAAGCACCACAACGCCCAUGCCAUCACCGCCGACCUGAAAGUGCAGGAUGUGGCGCAUGCGGCGGAGUUUUUUCUCGCUGACGGCGUGAUCAUCAGCGGCGAAAGGACGGGCAAAGCGGCAGAUCCCCAGGAGGCAGCUGUGACGAUGAAAAAAGUGGACAUCCCGGUGCUGCUGGGCUCGGGUGUCACGGCCGACACCCUGCACGCCUUCGCCAAUAAUUGUCACGGGAUGAUUGUGGGAUCGGAGUUCAAGAAGGGCGGCCUGUGGUACAACGACGUGGAUGAGGGCCGCGUUAAGAAAUUCAUGGACAACAUCCGCGAGCUGCGGGAGACGCUGGUUAAGGCGGAAAAGCACUCGCACCGGAAACCGGCCUUGACCGAUUAUGUGUGAGAAUUGGCGGAAAAUUGGCUGGUGUUGGAUGUUGUUGAGCUCAGCGAGAUUCGGUUAGAAAGACAGCCGGAAAUUCGGUUGUUUAUCCUAAUAAUUUCGCCUUUCUUUUUACCAGGUUGUUACUAAUGAAGUGUGAUGUUUUAUUCGAUUUUACUUGUACUGUUGCAUCUGUUUGGAUGGUAAAAUAAUGGUUGUUGUUCCUAAAUAAAAUGCAUUUUAAUGCAUAAAAUAAAAUGCAUUUUAAUACGAUCAUACGAAUGCCUCGAAGAAAUUACGGAAAUUUUGAAAAAUGUAGCAGAUUUAAUUCAAUAAUUAAUUUGAUUUAUUAAUUCGAUUCGUUGUGUUUCGCUGAUGUACAGAGGGUGAUUUCGCAAUAUGCGUAUGUAUGUGAUGAAUG